UUGUUGCUUUAUAGUGAAUUUUGUGUUCAGUUGCAACAUUCGUGUUACCGCGAUUAGACAUUCAUUAUAAAGUUUUUGGAUGCAGCAUAUACAUGUGCUAGGAGAUGUCAUUACUUCCAUUGUAAUAAUUUUGGAAAUCACAUUCUGUCACACUGGAGAAUAACGGAUACUUUAGAGCUGAUUGGAAGCUGGCGUCAAGGAUUUGAAAGAAUCGUCUCAAAUAUGUGCACUAUUAUUCAAUGUGACAAGUGAAACGGAUUAUCUGUGUUAGGUGUUAAUUAAUACCAGCAUAAUUGUGUAAUAUAGCCGAUAAGCGAAAUGGUCCGCUAUUUGUGUGAUAGUACAUUACUUUAAACACUUCAAAAAUGCAACGAAAAUACGUGGAUUAGUGAACCCGUUGCAAAUAUUGUAGAGUGAAAAUCGGAUAAUAAGUGACCCAUUGUAUGACUAUUUCCGAAUGAUAUGUUUGGAAAAGAUUUGUGAGCAUAACCGUAUUUCAAUAUAAAGUUCCACUGAUUCUCAUUAAAACCGUCGGUGUUGUGGUUGUAAAAUUAUACAACUUGCCAGCAGCCAACUACUAAUUCUUCGUCACACCAUGGUUUUUUUUUCUGCUCAUCACACAUAACAAUCUUCAAAGUCACCAAAUUGUCAACACUUUAGAAAAGUUUCGUCGAUCAUUGGAGCAAGUAAACGGACAUGACUUAACGUUUCCCAGCGAUGAAGACAGAUUUCGAUACGUAGUAUAUAUAAAGAGUGGCAUUUAUGUUUAGCUACUAAAUUAUGUAACAGGACAACAGGAAAAAUCAAUUAAAGUGUGAAGGUAGAACGAAAUCACUACGCCAGUGGGAGUGUUUGUUGAAAGGAGAAAGCAUCGGCGCAGUGAACCGAAAGAAGACGACGAAGUAACGGUUUGAGAUACGGUGGGAAGAACAAAAUUUAACGAGGUUGAUUUGUUUUUGUGAUAUCUCUCAGGAAAGUUUUCCAAAAUUUACUCGCCAGCGAACUUUGACGCCGCCAAAACGUUGAAGUUAGAGGACGAAUUUGCUGGCGGCUGCAUGACUAUGUCAAUGUAUCCGUCAGCAGAUAAGAUGAAAAUGAGUACCCCCAGCUGCUUUCCCGGCCGAUACAGUCCCACCUACCGAGGACCGGAUCAGAUGCGGCGCUGUAUGACAAAUCCGUCGAGUCGAUUUUUAGAAGAUGCAUCAAUAAUGUGCAAUUCAUGGUCCCCUAGGCAUAAUGGUGAUAUUUUCUCCGGAUUGAACGACGGUAUACUGAGUCGAGCUGAAGCAUUGGCGGCUGUGGAUAUUCAAAAACACCAAAGCGGUCACGUUCACACACAGAUGACCACACAGUUGAAACACGAUGUCAUGUAUCACCACAGUAUGGGAGGACCACCGCAGAGACCGUUACAGAUGCAUCAUACGAUGGAUGGUAUUGACAUGCUGGAUCCGUCGGGUUCUAUGACAACGCUCACACCCAUGUCUGAUAACCCGAUAACUUCCACUCAUCACCAGUUGCACGGAUCGUACCACAGUAUGAAUCACAUGAUGGGUCACCACCAUAGCGGUCCUCUAGGUGGUCAUACACCUGACGGAUUCUUGGGAGCUCAUCAUCCAGCAAUGGCCGUCGCCGUAGCAGCGGCUGGCCUUCAUCCAGACACCGACACUGACCCGCGAGAGCUGGAAGCCUUUGCAGAGCGUUUCAAACAAAGAAGGAUAAAAUUAGAAGGUGUAACACAAGCUGAUGUAGGCAAAGCGUUGGCCAACCUCAAAUUGCCUGGAGUGGGAGCACUCUCGCAGAGUACCAUCUGUCGUUUCGAAAGUUUAACGCUGUCACACAACAACAUGAUCGCAUUGAAACCAAUCCUGCAGGCCUGGCUCGAAGAAGCGGAAGCGCAAGCGAAAAACAAACGACGAGAUCCGGACGCCCCGAGCGUGUUGCCAGCUGGAGAGAAGAAAAGUCUUUUUUCAAGAAAAAGGACUUCCAUUGCUGCACCAGAGAAGCGUUCUCUCGAGGCCUAUUUUGCCGUCCAACCACGACCAUCUGGCGAGAAGAUUGCCGCAAUUGCAGAAAAGCUCGACUUGAAAAAGAAUGUCGUUCGUGUUUGGUUCUGCAAUCAACGUCAGAAGCAAAAGCGCAUGAAGUUUGCCGCCCAGCACUGACCUCCGCAUCAAAACACUCAGUUUAGUGGCUUAGUUAAUAACGUAACUCCUCUAGGUGGUAACAGUAGUGUUUCUGGAUUUGGUUACUAAAUAGUUUGAAGUAUUUUACUCGUAUGAUAGCAAGGGAACCAAUAAAAAAACGCCUAAUCUAACCAAUUGUAUAUAGAAUCGGAAAUAAUAGUAAUAGUUAAAAAUCUAAUAGAUGCUAGUGACAACAAAAAGCAAAUGAAAUACAACAUUGUGAUUUCGAGCAUAGAAAGUUGAAAAUCGAAUUAACCGUGUACAGUCUGAUUAAGAAUUUUUAUUGUCAGAACCAAGCAACGGUCCGACAAAAAGAACUGAUAAAUUCGAACAUGUGCAAUAUAUCCUUCAGUUAAAUAACGAUUGAACUUACCAAAUCGAUGCCAUUUGGUAGCAAAAACAAGAGUUUCUUUUAUAAACAAGAGAUAAUUGAAUGGAUUGUUUGUAAAUCCAAUAUAAAGUGAGAAGAAGGUACACAGAAUCAUCGCAAAGGACACCAAAAGUGCUGGGAAUGACACUUUACUACACUUUUGGCUUGAAGAUUCAAUGUAGCGAGUAUUUGGAGUAUUGAAUUGAACAAGUAACGAUGCUGAGCAGUAGUAAUAGAGUUGCAGAAACACUGGAGAAGCUCUAUCAAAAUGAAAACAUCGAAUGCAUCGAAUCAUUCAAAAUGCGAUAUUUUGAUUCGUGUGGUCGAAAACUGAUUCAAUAGCAAAAAAAAGACAGUAAUGUAGAAAAGU